GGAAACUCACUUUAAAAACGUAAUCGUUCUUCCUUCACACUGAACUCAGUGUUCACACACCCUGUAGGCCUGUUUCUUUUUUGAGAGUUCAGUUGAUGUUCUAAUUAAAUUAGUCAAUUUCCCUUGCAGCCUCACUCAUGACCAUCCUAUGAUUCUGUUUCUGUCCUGUAAAGACCUCAGGAAAACGUUCAGUUCUGACUGAACUAGUUGCAGCUACGAGAUUGAGAAUAAUCAUGCAUUUCUCUAACUUGCUCUUUGUUGGUAUUGUGACAUUAGGAACAUCUGAACUCUGCUCUGCUGGACCUCUUCAUGCACAGUGCAAAGUCGAGUGGUAUUUCAGUCUCCCUUGCAGGAGUGUGUAUGAAGCUCUGGUUGCACAAAUUAAAAAGUGGAGGACAGUCUCAACCUGUGCCACGGGAGGAGAGAAAUGUCUCUACAAGUUGCAGUCUGCAUCUGUGCACUUCAUAUCAGCCAAACACACAACUCCAGUAAAGAAAUACGUUGAUGACAUCAACUUCAGACUUGUCUCCUAUGGAUUUUUCACACACUGCCAUGUAUCUGCCAUGUCAGUGUCAGAGACCUGGUAUGCUGUCACAGAUCACGGCACCAACUACUGUAACCUCUACAACUUAAUGGAAGGAAGUGGACUUACUGAAGCUCCAGGAUACAAAGAGAUCACCAGUGACUUCCUGUGCACCCAGCGCUCAUCUGCUAACUGUACUGUGUACUAGCUCGGAAACAAGACUUGUGCAAAUUUUAUACUGACUUUUGUGGCUUUCAGUAUGUUUAUUAAAUUUGAGGGCAUAUGUAAUCUUCUUAAAAUGUACAAAAUAAGCUUUUAACCAACAUACACAUUCCCAGGAACAUGAACCAGAACUACUGAUGACUUAUUUUAUUUUAAGAAUUAAUAGUUUUAUUCAGGAGGGACACAUUCAAUUGCUCAAAAGAAAGCCUUUUAUAUUGAUAUAAAAGAAUUCUGUUUCAAAGAAAUGCUGUUCUUUUGAAGUUUUGAAGAAUCCUGAAAGAAAUACAUCACAAAAAUAUUAAU